AUUUACCACCUUUCUCCUCGAAAAACCGAUUUGAAAUCUACUGAAAGAUGGCUGAAGUAGUAGUUCUUGACAAGCUCGUCGGCGGCGACUCGCCGGCAGCGACAACAUUCCGCCCUCUGCUCUUGUGUCUCCUGACCAUAUUCUUCUUCCUGCUGCUGCGCUACUUGAGUGCAGGCGCAGGUCCGAGCAGGGCCAGGCUACCUCCCUCUCCACCGGGGCUGCCUCUGAUCGGGCACGCCCACCUCAUCGGCGCGCUCCCGCACGUCUCACUGCGCGGCCUCGCGGCGCGGAAGGGAUGCGAGGACCUGAUGGUGGUUCGCCUGGGCGCGGUCCCGACGCUGGUGGCGUCGUCGGCGCGCGCCGCGCAGGCGGUGCUGCGCACGCACGACCAGUCGUUCGCGUCCCGGGCGCGGUCCCGUGUCGGCGAGGUGCUCACGUGCGGGUACUCGGACGUGGUGUUCGCGCCCUACGGCGAGCAGUGGCGGCAGUGCAAGAAGCUGGUGACCACGCACCUGCUCAGCGCCAAGAAGGUGCAGUCCUACCGCGCCGCCCGCCACGAGGAGGUAGGGCUGGUGAUCGACAGGAUCCAUGGAGCGGCAGCUGGACUGGAGGCAGUGAACAUGAGCGAGAUCCUGAGCAAGUUCGCGAACGACAUGGUGUGCCGCGCCGUGGCAGGGAGGUCGUUCAGAGUGGAGGGGCGGGACAGGAUAUUCCGGGACCUCAUCGCCCAAGCUUUCGACAUCCUGGGGGGCAUAAACCUGGAGAGCUUCUACCCUGGCCUGGCCAACGCGGCUGGUGGCGUGCUGCUGUGGCCAGCUCUCCGCAAGGCCGAGAAAUUAAGGGACCGGUGGAGCGAGCUCCUUGACAAGCUGAUCGAGCAACACUCGAGCGGCGAAGGAGCCGGUGAGGAUGAGCAAGAGACUGACUUCAUACACGUGUUGCUAGCUGUGGAAGAGGAGUAUGGGCUCACGAGAGACAACAUCAGGGGCAUCUUGUCUAACAUGUUCGCAGCAGGCACGGACACCACAUUCCUUCUGCUCGAGUUCGCCAUGGCCGAGCUCAUGCUGCACCAGGAUGUCAUGGCCAAGCUACAGGCCGAGGUGCGGAAGAGCCCACCGAACAAGGGACAAACCACCGUCGUCAUCGGCGAAGACGACGCUCUCGUCGGAACGACGACAUACCUGAAAGCCGUCAUAAAGGAGACGCUGCGUCUACACCCGCCGGUGCCGCUCCUCGUCCCGCACCUCUCGCAGGAGGACUGCGACGUCGACGGCUACACGAUCCCGUCCGGCAUGCCGCUGCUCGUCAACGCCUGGGCGAUCGGUCGGGACCCCAGGCUGUGGGACGCCGCGGAGGAGUUCGUGCCGGAGAGGUUCGUCCGCGGCGGCGGCGGCGUUGACUUCAGAGGGAUGGACUUCGAGUUCCUGCCGUUCGGGUCUGGGCGUAGGAUGUGCCCAGGGGUAAAUUUUGCGCUGGCCUCCACGGAGAUCUUGCUGGCAAACCUUGUCUUCCACUUUGACUGGGAGCUUCCUAGGGGUGUAGAUACGGUUGACAUGGCCGAGGUGUUUAAGUUGACCGUGUCUCGGAAACAUGAACUCCUUCUCAGCCCAAGGGCGGCACGAGGUUCUGUCACAUCAUCCGAAUCAUCUUGUCUUUUUGUCUUCUUCUACUCCUACCCUAAAAGAGCAAUACAAUCUGUGGGCAGCAAUACAAUCUGUUGGCUUGGUUUAAAUCCAUACCGGCUUCUACUAUUUUUACAGUGUUUUUGUUUCUAUAGAUUACAGCUGCAGCAGUCUUAACAGCCGACUUUAAUUUAAAGCGAACAACACCUCUGUCGA